AUGAAACCUGAUACGAAUUGCAGUUGGCCGGGGAAGUGGAGUGUCGUUGACCGUCGUAGAAGCUCUAGUUUAGGACUCAACCCUUUAUUCCUUAUCUCUACUUUCUUUGAUUUUGCUAAUUUGGUCCAAAUCAGUUUCCUUUUGAAGUUGCUUUUCUUUCUGCAAAUUAAGAUGGUGAGAGGGAAGACAGAGAUGAAGCGUAUAGAGAACGCAACAAGUAGACAAGUAACAUUUUCAAAGAGAAGAAAUGGUUUGAUGAAGAAAGCUUUUGAGUUAUCAGUUUUGUGUGAUGCUGAAAUUGCUCUUAUUGUUUUCUCACCAAGAGGAAGACUUUAUGAAUUUGCAAGUUCAAGGCUUGUUAAGGAAGGAGAAAGAAAUGCAAGAGAUUUGGAUCAAGUGAAAUAUGUUAAAGAUGAAGAAGACAAAGUCUUGGUUCAAGAAAAGGAUACAAAGAAUAGGUGGAAGACAUAUAUCAACAAUUUAUUUAAUGAAUGA